AUGUCCUCCUCUGAACGACUGGAUGCUUUGCGAGCGCAGAACAAGGUGCUCCUGGCUCAACUUCAGCAGCAGAGGCAGAAGCUGGAAACAGCGGUGUGUGGCGCUGCACAGAGCCGAAAAAGAGACCGAGAAGACGGGGAAGAUGAGAGCUGUGAAGCCCAAGAAGAGUUGGUGACCAUCACGAAUGGAGGCAGAGGUCCAGCCCGGGCAGCGCUAGCGAAAUCGUCCAUAAUUACGUUUUCAGAUGCCAUUGAAAUCACAGAAUCCCAGACGUCAUCCACAACAUCUGAGCUCAGAGCAGAGGACCUGACCAGUCUCAAACCUCCCAUGAAAAGGCAACAACAUAUUCUAAAGAAUGGAGGAGCAGAUGAGUGCGUGGACAGCCUGCGUUCCAGACCACUUUUGGGAUAUGAUUGGAUUGCAGGAGUCAUAGACGCUGAAGACUCUUUGAUGGAACGCUCCGAUGAUUUCUUCAACGACUUGUGCAGAUUCAGAGCUCUGAACAGAGAGCAGUGUGUGACCAGCCUUCACUCUGGGUUUUCUGAGGAAUCUGAUGAAAACACAGCGUUGCCGUCCGACCAGAGCCCUGAGACAAUAAAAGACACCCACCAAUGCACGUUUUCAUACAGAAUAAACAACAGACUUUUCCCAGUCCCACUGAACUCUGAGGAGCGAUGUCCCGUCUGCAAAAACAACAAGUCCGAACAUCCACACUCAGAGAAAGAACCGGCUCUCAUAAGGGUGAGUAUCCCUCGCUCCGCGCUGCUGCCGCCGCACACCUACAAGGCUCAUCGAAGGAGCAGCUUCGACCCAUCAGACAGCCUGGCUCUGCCCUCGCAUUGUCUGUCUGGUUGGUCAAACACAGUUCAAAGUUCUGCAGCUGCUCAGAGUAACCUCGAUCUGAGGAGCAGCGUGGACACAAAGAAGGAAGCUGAAAACCAGGAACUAAAGAGCCUGUUUGCAUUUAAGAACUCCAAACAACAGAAGCCUAAACAGAUUCCACAAGUGUCUCUUCUAAGUCGUCACAACUUCCAGCACUUUCCACUGAGAAAAUAA